AUGAGAAAAGACGAUACACUGACUUCUAUGGACGAGGGUAAAAGAACGGAGGGACAGACAAAAGAGGCUGACGACGAGAAAGACGCUGCCGCAGAAGGCUGCUCUGAUAACGGCCGCGAGAUCGAAAAGGAGGACGAUGGCACCCAGGGUGUGACAGCUAAAAAGGAAGCAACAAGUGAACAGGAAAGCAAUGAAAUCAGUGACAAGUACAUAAAAUAUUUAGAGUGUAUAAAAAAUAAUUGGUCAUCUUCUCAAGCAUCGAAAUUAUUAAACAACAAAUUAAUCAAAUAUAUAUCUGAGCGAUUUUUAUAUAUGUCUAGUUCACUGAAGGUGAGGGUGUUGACGAGUUUUUUUUACCUUCCUGAUAAAUUAAGGGUAGAAAACGAGCCAUACUUGUUAUUAAUUACAGCAAAUGGUGAAAUCGAUGGUAACGGGUGGGUCAAAAAAUUUAGCAGAAUCUUAAAGCCAUUUAUCAAAACAGGCAUAAUGGAUAUCAAAGAUAUAGAUAGCCAAACCAUGCACAGAAUUUUAAAUUAUAUUGACCAAGAAAAUAAUAGAAACAGGUGUAGGACGCGUUACUUUCAUAAUAAAAAGGAACUCGAGCACAUACACAUGUGCGAUCCUGUUAAUGAGUUAAAAAAUCUGGAAAACAAAAACAUUAUACAUUUGGAUGAGUACAAGAUGUUUACGCCGGCGAAAAAUUUUGACUGCCUUCUUUCAUCGGUAAUUACGUGA